AUGGCACUUGCUUCUGACUGUCAGCUGUUGCUUCAUUUUAUUUUCCUUUUUUCUUGUUUUUAGGAUUAUCUUGUUGUUAUUGUUUGGCAUUUUAACUGCGUUUGAAGACUCGAUUUGCGUAUUUUCUUUUCUGCCGAUCCUUACUGACCUGGGUUUUCUCAGACUGAGAAACUAAAUUAAUUCUUAACCAUGGGGUGUGACGGAGGAACUAUCCCAAAAAGAGAUGAGCUUGUAAAAAAGAAGCAAAAGCCUGAGGAAAAAGACAAACAGGCUGACACUGCAGCUAAGUGGAAUUAUUGUGCUCUCAGUUGUCAACAGUUACGUAAACCAAUUGUUUCAUGUCCAUUGGGCCGACUUUACAAUAAAGACGCUAUAAUUCAAUAUUUAUUGGAUAAAGAAACUAAAAGUGAAGUCGUUGAACACAUUCGUGGACUCAAAGAUGUGAAAGAACUCAUUCUUACCGACAAACCUGGAUAUGAAGAGAAAGUUGUUGAAGGUGGCUUAUACUCUUCAGAUUCAAGGUAUAUUUGUCCAGUUACUGGUCUAGAGAUGAAUGGAAAAUACAAGUUCUGUUAUCUUCAAACAUGUGGAUGUGUCCUUUCUGAUCGUGGCAUGAGGGAAGUUAAAUCAGAAACCUGCCAUAAAUGUGGAAAACCUUUCUCCGAAGACGAUGUGGUCGUUUUGAAUGGCUCUGAUGAGGAAGUAAAACUGGCUCGAGCUAAAAUGGAAGAGAAACGCUUAAAAGAGAAAUCAGAAAAGAAAGGCAAAAAACGAAAAAUUGUUGAAGAAGAUGACUGUAAAAAAUUCUCGUUGGAAAAAUCAAUUGCAAAUGGACAAUCAAGUGGAGCAGGAACUACGAGCAUUAAGUCUAAAGGAGAAUCUUCUAAAGUAACUAAAUCAUCAACCAUGUUAUCUGAAAAAGCAAAGGAAGACUAUUCGAUUUCCAAAGAUGAAACUGCAAGUGAAGCCUACAAAUCGCUGUUCACCACUCAUCCAUCAGCUAAAAACAGAGUCAAAGCUCAUUGGGUUACAUUUAACCCUCUUUACAACUAUUGAUUAUAUUUGAUUAUAAAAUAAAUUACUUCAUUCCUUUUCUUUCGUAUUGAAAAUGACUGAAUCAGCUCAAA